UUUAUUUUAUUUUAUUUUAUUUUAAAUAUUUAUAUUUUGGGUAUUUUAGUCAGCAAAAAAAAUUCCAAUCCUUUCAAUCUUUAUUGGGUAUUUUAGUUCAAAAGAAGAGGGCAGAAAGGAGAAAAGAUCCACUCUUUCCAAUCUUUUUCUUUUUGGCUUUUUUUUUUUUUUUGAAGAAUCCAAGAAGCAAAAAGGAGAAAACAUCCCAUCUUUUCAAGCUUUUCUGGGGUUUUUCAGUAACACAAGAGUCAAAAGACCCAAAAUUUCCAAUCUUUUUGGUAAUUUUCAAGAACCCAAGAAGCAAAAGAGAGUGGAAGGAGAAAUAUUGGAUUUGGGAAAAGAUCCAAUCAUUUUGAUUUUUUGGGGGUUUUUUGACAAUACCCAGAUGGGGAAUUGGGUUUUGGAGUGGGAUUGGAAAGCUUGAUUUUUUUUCCACUUCUUCUUCUUCCAUUUCCCCCCCUCUUGUGGGGUGUGUGAUGAGAAUGGGGGAGAAUGCAGCAGCUUUCCACACUGUUUCGAAUGCAAUCCAAGCACUGGGGAGGGGUUUCGACGUGAACUUCGACACGAGGUUGCUCUACUGCAAGGGAGUCGCAGGGUCAAGAAUCGUUGAGGUUGAUGAAGAGCACACAAAGGAUCUGUUGGUGUGUGAUGAGAUGAUCGUGCCGGAUGUUUCGAGGGAUAUCAGGUGUGGUCAGGAGAGCAGUGGGCGUGAGCGUGCUGGAGUUUGCAGUUUCUAUGAGAUGGUGGAGUAUUUCAACAGGAAGGCUCAUCUAUCUGGAUCUGUUCCUCUUGGAAACUUUAAUUCUGUAUUUAGCUUUACAGGCUCCAAGCAGAUUGAUGCUGCAGCUACAAAAAGUCUUGCCAUGGAUGGAUUUUUCAUACCCCUCUUCAAGGUUCAGCUGAUGAAGAGCCCUUUAGUAUUGAAAGAAGAUGUAAGACGAGCCGUCCCAAUUUCAUGGGAACCGUCAUCCUUAUCAAGCUUUAUUGAGAAUUUCGGAACACAUAUCAUUGCCUCUGUGACGAUUGGUGGCAAGGACGUAAUUUAUGUCAAGCAACACCAGUUAUCACCCUUGUCGACCACGGAAAUAAAAAACUAUGUUCAAGAUAUUGGAGACCAGCGGUUCUCGGAUAUGGAAAGCCAUACAAGUUCAGGUCCAAUGAAAUUCAAGGAUAAGGGUGUCGAUCCUUGUCUAUUCAACAGCCAAGGGAUAUACCCUCAACCCCCUAGCGCCCCCUAUCUUACCGGGAAAGAAGAUGUUACGGUCAUUUUCAGGCGGAGGGGAGGGGACGAUCUUAUCCAAAGCCACAUGAUGUGGGCGAGAACUGUCCGCUCUGCCCCAGAUGUCAUUGAGAUGGCAUUCGUCCCCAUCACCUCUCUUCUUGACGGCAUCCCUGGGAAGGACCAUCUCAUCCGUGCGAUCGACCUCUAUCUUGAAUACAAGCCGCCAAUCGAGGAGCUGCGACAUUUCUUUGAGUUUCAAAUACCUCGGACGUGGGCACCUGCCCAAGACAAUAUACCAGGCCAUCAAAGAAAGGAGCCGGUCUGCCCCUGGUUGCAGUUCAGUGUAAUGGGCCAAAAGCUUUAUGUCAGCCAAGAACAGGUAUCUGUCGGGCGUAAGCCCGUGACAGGGUUGAGGUUAUGCUUAGAAGGAACGAAGCAGAACCGGCUCUGUAUACAUCUCCAGCACUUGGCCUCACUCCCGAAGAUCCUCUUGCCGUACUGGGACACCCACGUGGCAAUUGGUGCGCCUAAGUGGCAGGGCCCAGAGGAGCAGGAUAGCCGUUGGUUCGAACCCGUGAAAUGGAAGAACUUCUCCCACAUCAGCACGGCCCCAAUCGAGUACAAUGAGACCUUCAUUGGGGACCUCUCUGGUGUGUACAUAGUCACCGGAGCCCAGCUUGGAGUAUGGGACUUUGUGACGAGGAACGUCCUAUACAUGAGACUUCUGUACUCGAAGGUACCUGGGUGCACCAUAAGGAGAUCCUUGUGGGACCAUAGCCCCACGGGCCCUUGUGAUAAGUCCAAGAGACCGGCCAUCGGGAACUCUACGAACCCUGGUGACAUGAGUUCAAGCUCGAAGGAUGUGGUGGGGAAGCUGGCAAAGCUCAUUGAUACAUCGGAGAUGAGCAAGGGGCCACAGGAUUCGCCAGGGCAUUGGUUGGUCACGGGUGGGAAGCUGGGAGUGGAGAAAGGGAAGAUUGUUUUGAGAGUGAAAUACUCAUUGCUGAAUUACUGAGCGUCCAGGGAUGGUGAUCGAUUGACGAUGGGCCAGAGUAGUUACAGCCUGCUUCUGGCUUAGUGGGGGUGUGUGGUGGUGAUCGUUCUUGUAAAUUAUGAGAUCUUGGUGAGGUGAAUGAGAUUGGAAUGGUCUAAAGAGGAUUUGUAGGAUGAUGAUUUUGGUGAGGCGUACGGUGAUUCACUCCAUUGAGCCAAUGGGCCCAGCUGUAGACGCUGAUGACUCCAAAAAGCUCAGAUUUGAAGUUCCUAACCCUUUGAUCAUAUCACUUAUUUUCUGUUUAAUGUGGGCCGUUGCCGCUGUUCUUGUCUUAACCUAUAUAUAGGUAAGUGAUCAAAGGUCAUGAUCUUCGAAUGUGGGAGAUCUUUCAGGGCACUCCCCAUCCACUGUGGGACCAUCAGAUCACUGAUGUAGAUAACCACAUUGUGGGUCCCACAUGCACAGAACAAUGCACUGCACCUUAUAAAGCCUCUGACCGAGAUGGGUCAAAUGAUUUUCCAUUUGUGGGGAACCUUAGUCGUAUGAUCUCGGAAAUGCAACAUUUGAAGUCACUGGGCCCUUCAAGAGGAUGAAGCCAAUUAGUGCAUUUGAAUGGCUGCGAUGUCUUUCAGUGGCUGUGGGACUGUCCAUAAACAGCGGCGAAUGAUUUCGAGGAUUAGCAUUUAUGAUCAAUUCGAUGGUGAAGGAAUGUUGUGGGCUUUUCAUCGGGGACAUUCUUGUACAAUCUCCAUUGCGAUUUUUCCGACUCAUGAAAGGUACGCGUGGAGUUUUAUUUUAUGUUAAUUUUUUUUUUUUGAAAUUUGGAGAGCCCCUUGCAACUAUUUUUAUAAGGAUGGUUAGAGGGAUUUGGGAGAGUCA